GCACUCUCCUCUUCCCGGAGAGCGAGGGCGGCCAGGCCUGCGGCUCCGCGCGCUCCGCCGCUCCCUCCGCGCCGUCCUGAGCUCCGUGCUGGAGGCGGGCGACCCCAGCGGGGCCGGAUGGCGUAGCUCUGCGCUCGGGCCGCGCUGCCGCCGGAGCCCGGGGCUGGGCGGGGACCGCCGCGGGUGAUCGGCCCGGGACCCGCUGCGCCUCCGAGGCAAUUUGUAAACAGUGAAGAGAAAUUUUUAAGGUCACUUUUGACUUUCCAAGACUGCGCGUGCGAUCGGAAGCUGAGGUGACAGGAGAUGGCCUCCCCCUCCUUCAUCAUGCUUUUUGCCCUGAUGAGCUCCUGUGUGGCCACUGCAGGUCCGGAGUCUGGUACCCAGUGCCAACUGUCACCUGUCAACGCCUCCCACCCUGUCCAGGCCUUGAUGGAGAGCUUCACCGUUCUGUCUGGCUGUGCCAGCAGAGGAACCACCGGGCUGCCACAGGAGGUGCACAUCCUGAACCUCCGCACCCCGGACCAGGGACCAGGCCAGUCUCAGAGAGAGAUCACACUGCACCUGAAUCCCAUCUCCUCCAUCCACAUUCACAACAAGCCUGUGGUAUUCCUGCUCAAUAGCCCAAAGCCACUGGUCUGGCAUCUGAAGACAGAGAGACUUGCCACAGGGGUCCCCAGACUUUUCUUGGUGUCCGAGGGUUCUGUGGUCCAGUUUUCAUCAGGAAACUUCUCCUUGACGGCAGAGACAGAAGAAAGAAACUUCCCCUAUGACAAUGAACACCUGCUAACCUGGGCGCGGAAGGAGUACGGGGCUGUCACUUCCUUCACCGAGCUCAAAGUCGCAAGAAACAUUUAUAUUAAAGUGGGGGAAGAUCAAGUGUUUCCUCCCAUGUGCAACAUAGGGAAGAAUUUUCUGUCACUCAACUACCUGGCUGAAUAUCUCCAGCCCAAAGCAGCCGAAGGAUGUGUGAUGUCUGGCCAGCCCCAGGAUACAGAAGUGCACAUCAUCGAGUUAAUCACUCCCAACUCCAACCCUUACAGUGCUUUCCAGGUGGACAUAAUCAUUGACAUCAGACCUGCUCGGGAGAACCCCGAGGUGCUCAGAAACCUCAUCCUGAUCCUGAAAUGCCAGAAGUCUGUCAACUGGGUCAUCAAAUCCUUUGACGUGAAAGGCAAUCUGAAAGUGAUGGCUCCCAACAGUAUUGGCUUUGGGAAAGAGAGCGAACGGUCAAUGGCCAUGACUAAGUCUAUCAGGGCUGACAUCCCUUCCACCCAGGAGAACCUGGUCAAGUGGGCGCUGGACAAUGGCUUCGGCCCUGUAACCUCAUAUACCAUGGCUCCAGUGGCUAAUAGAUUUCAUCUUCGGAUUGACAACAAUGAGGAGAUGAGAGAUGAGGAAGUCCAUACCAUCCCUCCUGAGCUACGCAUCCUGCUGGACCCUGGCAGCCUGCCUGCUAUGGAGAACCCACCCUUCCGGGGAGGAGGACGAAUUGGAGGUCUCCCCUUUCCUUUUCCUGAUCUCUCCCAGAGAGACCGGAAGGAAGGAGGAGAAGAUAGAAUCCUCCGGCCCAAGGACUCUGUCGUCCCCAGCAUUCAACUGUAUCCUGGUCCCAGAGAACCGGAAGAGGUGCAAGGGAGCGUGGAAGUUGCCCUGUCUGUCAAAUGUGACCGUGAAAAGAUGGUCGUGGCUAUAGAGAAAGAUUCCUUUCAGGCUAAUGGCUACUCCGGAAUGGAGCUCACCCUGCUGGAUCCUGCUUGUAAGGCCAAGAUGAAUGACACACACUUCAUUUUAGAGGCUCCUCUCAAUGGCUGUGGCAUGAGGCAACAUCGGGCAAGACCUGACGGCACCGUGUACUAUAACUCUGUUGUGAUACAGGGUCCAGUCCCUGGAGAUAGUAGUGGCUGGCCAGAUGGUUAUGAGGAUUUAGAGUCUGGCGAUAAUGGAUUUCCAGCAGAUAUGGAUGAAGGGGAGGCUCCUGUCUUCAGCAGACCUGAAGUUUGGAUGGUUAAUUGCAGCUUGGGGCAGCAGGGAAAUCCCAGUAGCUUCCAGGACCAGCCCAAUGAAAACAUCACAUUCAACAUGGAGUUGUACAACACAGACCUGUUUCUGGUGCCCGCCCAGGGAGUCUUCUCUGUGGCAGAGAAUGGACACAUUUAUGUGGAGGUGUCCGUCACUAAAGCUGACCAAGAACUGGGAUUUUCCAUCCAAACUUGCUUUAUCUCUCCAUAUUCCAACCCCGAUAGGAUGUCUGAUUAUACUAUCAUUGAGAACAUCUGUCCUAAAGAUGAAUCGGUGAAAUUCUACAGUCCCAAAAGAGUGCACUUUCCCAUCCCACAAGCCCAAAUGGAUAAGAAGCGGUUCAGCUUUGUCUUCAAGCCCAUGUUCAACACAUCACUGCUCUUCCUGCAGUGCGAGCUGACUCUGUGUACCAGGAAGCCCAAGGGAUCCCAGAAGUUGCCGAAGUGCGUGCCUCCUGAUGAAGCUUGCACCUCACUGGAUGCCGCCAUGAUCUGGGCCAUGAUGCAGAAUAAGAAGACAUUCACCAGGCCCCUGGCAGUGAUCCACCAAGCGGAAUAUAAAGAAAAUGUUCCGAACAUGAAGGAACCCAGUCCAUUUCCUCCACCCGUUUUCCAUGGGCUGGACACCCUGACCGUGAUGGGGAUUGCCUUUGCAGCGUUCGUGAUCGGAGCACUCCUGACAGGCGCCCUGUGGUACAUCUAUUCCCACACAGGAGAGACAGCAGGCAGACAGCAGGUCCCCACGUCCCCACCAGCCUCGGAGAACAGCAGUGCAGCCCACAGCAUCGGCAGCACCCAGAGCACGCCCUGCUCCAGUAACAGCACCACCUAGCCAGCCGGGGGGGGCUUGUCACUGCCCAAAGCGGGACCCAGGGCUGAGGCCGGGGGUCCAGACCCAGAAGGCUUGGUUUUUAUUUUUGGUUCCCUUGUCAAGACAGCGCAUUUUGGUGUAAAGGUCAUUUGUGAUAGUCACCCCUCACCAACGCCAACAUAAAUGUGACCCCUGGACUUGAGUCACACACUAGAAUUCUUGUGCAAAAGCUGGUAAUAUGGUAGCCUUCUCCCCCAGCCCUUCCCAGGCUGCGGGAGGCCUGGGGGGGGGGGCAUGGUUUCUCGAUGUGAAACAGGCCAGUUCUUUGUUUUUAAAUGCUGCUUUGUCCAGGUGAGAGAACAGUCUUGAUUUGGGGCCCUGAGUUCCACCCCUCUCCCAUCCCCGACUCAAGGAGAUGGGAAAAGGAUAAUAGCUAGUCAAGCCAAAGAUGCUUUUCCAUCUGAACCAAGAUGUUGAAUGAUGCAAUGGUUCAAGGCUUCCUACGGGGAUCUCCUUGCUGUCUAAUCUGCACCUUUGUCUGUAUGCACAGUAUACAGUAUAUGUCUGUAUACCCCAAAAGGAAGGGUAUUCUGGGAGGUUUGCUGGAUUCCUGGGUGUCACCUUGGGGUGUGGGGGGGACUGCAUCCAGGCCACAUUCCUUUCUUGUGCCUUGGACCAAAACAAGUGCCUAUCACCUACCCUUGUCCACUGAUGACUCUAAACAAAAUCAAAACUAUGUCUUAAUCAGGUUUUAUCUUUCUUCAAGUAUAGUAUCUAAAAAUUGAAAAUAGCCUAAACCUGAAACGACAGAUCUGUACCCAUUUCUGACAUUGUGUUCUGAUAAAUUAAUGUCUACACAGCGGAGCACAGUUCGGUUGUAAAGUUGAGGAAUUUGCAAGGUGACGUCAGAGUGUGUCCACGCACACGCAUAUGUUAUCUGCCACAUCUGAGACAGACCUGCCGCCCAAGGCUUCCACACUUGGAGCUUAUUCUUCAGUUGCCUUUAGUAGAAUGUUGCCAUUCAAAGCACAUUAACCUUUCUAAUAAGCCCUUUUGUAAGAACCAAGCUCUUAAGAGACUCAUGCCUAUUAUAGCCUAUUCUGCCAAGAUACUGCUGAUUUGGGAAGAAUGGCACUCAUUUAGAUUGCCUUAAUAUAGCCCAAACAAAAAAAAUGAUUUGAGGUGAAUCUCAUUAAAUGAAAUAACACGAUACCACUUUGCAAGGAAAAUAAGCUCAGCGUUGCUUCUGUGUUCAAGUAGAAUGCAGGGGAAGAUUUAGCAGUGCCAAAAUAUUUACUGCUGGAGAUGAUGUCACUGAAAAUUAAAUAGUGGUCUUUUUCCAGCACCUCCACCCCACCCUGAUUUAAACUCCAUACACAGAACAAACUAGAUACCACCCUAAAAUAUACACUAAAGCGAAUGCCACUGCCCUUAGCGGACAGCAGUUGUUCUUGAUCCUCUGUAGGAACUGUUGGUGGAAUCUAGCACCUUAGGGCACUAACUAACAAGAAGAUGGGUAGAGGUGGCCCACCACCACUCCCUAGUCUUUGAGUGAUAGUCUGGUUGAUUGGAUAGCUGUAGGCAUCAAUUGGAUAAAUUAACCAAAGCAGAUGACAUCAGAGCUGUGAUCGCCAUGCUUGGUACCUUGGUACCUUGAAUAUGUGCAGAUUUCCAUAGAUGAAUGAAAGUGAUCUGAGACUCCAGAAACGUUUGCCUUUCACUAUCAUUAUUUUGAACCUAAAGGUAUCAGAGUGGAGGACCUAAGAUUACGCUACCUGUGUUUGAAAAUAACGCGCUUUGCCUAACCUUCAGCAGAAUGUAUUGUUCUAGCAUGUUCUAUGUAUAAAAAAAAUUUAAAGAUGUCUUCAGAGAAGACUAGAGUCUUUAAAUCACAUAUAGCUAUAUUUUACUACAAAAUGUGUAUAAAGAUAUAUUUAAGUGUUUUAGAUAAAUUUAAGUUACUCCUUAUGAAAUGCUUAAUUUCAGUUACUGUGAAUUCUUUUGAUCAGUUCGUUGCCUUUUAAAAGACCCUUUCCAUCUUGUCAAAAACAAUGUUUUUUUUAGCUAUGAUAUGAAAGAGAUAUUAAAAGAUCCAUUUCCUGUAUGGACAGGGCUUUAGAAAAUUGUAAUAUAUUUAAAUGUAUAUUUUUUGAGAGAGAUGCUACAUUGCCAAUGAUUUUAUAAGUACUCUUAAGUUUAAAUUUAUUUACAAAUAUAUAGAUGCAAACCAAAAGAUUUUUUUAAAGAAAGAGAGGGGGAGUCUCAUUGGGUCUCUUUGUUAGAAUUAAUCAGAUCAAGAAGUUCAUGGUAAUGAACCCGGCCCCAUAUUGAAGAGUGAAUACUGUUAAGUAUUUGAAAUGUUUCUUAAAAAUUAAUGUCAAAAUAAAAUAGGUGUUUCCCUUAGCUCCUUGUUAAGGCAUUUCUGACUCAUCCCUCACAGGUUUAUUGGGAUUUUUUUUCUUCUCUCUAUUUUUUCCCCCCAAGAUUCUCUUCCCACAGCCUCCUCAGCGCUGGGGUUACAGCAUACGCCACCAUGCCCAGCCAUCUUUCACAGUUUCAAUACCAAGUACAAGCUCUACUUUUAUAACAUGUUCUUCAAGUGUCUUUAAAACUGUAGUUAUAUUCCAUUGAACUCUGUUCCAUCUGCAUCAUUUCGUGUUCUUUCUGCAGGUUUCGCCCAUAGUUCACAGAGGCCAUUUUGAUUUUGUUUGUGGAUGCUAACCAUGUUGUUGAAAUGCUCCAAAUUCCAAGGCAGAUUAUCUGUAGGAUAUCCUAUAACUUUUCACCAUGUGACAUUUGCCAGCUGUUAGUCUUUCUGUAUACAUUUUUUAACUUAGAUUUCUUUUGUCUGAACUGUUGGCAUAGCAUUUCCUAAACACAAAAUGGUCUUUUUCCUUGUCUGGUAAGAAGAUUGUAAAAAUCCAUUUUCUGUGUGUGUUCUCAGUGGGCCCGAUGAAGUGUGUGUGUGUGUCGUGGGGGGGGAGGGACAUGUGUGCACGGGCUCGUGUUUUUGUACUGUAACUACCUCAUGGUUGAAUGUUGACUGUACUGCUGGUUGUGUUAACAGACACGCUUUGUUGGGUGAGUUGUCAAUGCAAUGUUUUUCCUGUUUGUUUGAUCUGGGGGUUGUUCAUAAAACUGACAGAUGUUUUUCUAAAAAGGUCUAUUAUCAGUUUCCAAAUACAAUGCUUCUCUCUUUUGGUUUUUCCUGAAUGAGCCUGAUUUUUAUUUUCUUCUCCAUUAUCUAUAAGGGUAAAAAGAGGACCCUGUAAGUUCCUGUGGCCAGUUUGAACACCCCUGUUGUUGUUUUUUCUUUGUUUAGUGUGUCAGCAAUUUUGUGAACAUGCUUAGAUGGAUAGUUUGAUAACCACAGUUUUAAGUCCUUUGUGCAUAAUAAAAAGAUAUAUAUAUAUAUAUCAACUAUGAA